AUGCUCCCCUCAUACACACUCCCACCAGACACGCUCUUCUCCUUCGCGCACCGUCCAGUCACCUCUCGCAGCCGCCUGAACGCCAGCCUGCGCACAAGCUGGGCCGUCUCCACUGCCACCACUGCCACCACCUCCUCCGCCAACCCCAGUCAAGGCCCGUCUCCCGGCCUUAAGCAUUCUGCUGCCGCGGCAUCCUCGGCAUCCUUUACCGCUACGGCCCAUCGCCUCCGCCGCCCCCGACACCGCGCACUACGCGGUCUGCCUGCCGCUGGCGCGUCAUUACAUCUCCUAGCCGCCGAUCUUAGCGACGAGGAGGGUGUGUUGGAUGAGGAGCGGGAGGAUCUGAAUAACUUUGGGAGACGGUUUCUCAUCCCGAUCGGGAGACGGAAUACGCAGAUGGAGGCUGAGGCUGCACCAUCGCCCACGCCUAGUGACCAUGACCACCGACAGGAGGACCGCGGUGGGGUAUCGCCCUCCCUUGAACCUAUGGACGACGUCGACCUCGAUGCUAGCGUUGACGACCUCGAUGCCCCCGACCUCGAUGCGUCGAUCGAAGAUAUGGACCGCAGUACCGAGUACGACUCGGAGGACAUGGCGUUCAUGAACGAGAUGGACCGCAGCAUCGGCAGCGAAUCGCACGGGGAGAGCAUGGAGGACUAG